GCCGCGGGGCGGGAGUAGCGGCCGCACAAGUUUCCCUCGGGCUGCUCCGCGCCCGCCCGGGCUCCAACUUCCCGCCGCGGAGGCAGCGGGGGAGCGGCCAGGCGGGCCAGGCGCGCAGCGUUGCCACUAGUUGCUGGCUCAGAAGCUACUUUCUGGCUCUAACUCAGAUGUGACAAGUGCCGUGAAGCAGUAGAAGUAAUUUGAAGAAAAACUGAAAGAACAAAUGGCUUUAGCUGGCUGCCCAGACUCCUUUCUACAUCUUCCAUACCGGCUUGACAAUGUAGAUCAGACUUCAACUCAUGCUCGACGAGACUUGGUGGAACCAGGAUUCCAAGAACCUUCUAAUCGCAUCUCCCUGAAUCACCAAGAUGACGAUGUGGACCUAGAAGCUUUGGUAAACGACAUGAACUCCUCAUUUGAAAGCUUGUACACUACCUGUAGUAUGCAGUCAGAAACCACUCCACUUCUUCAAAACGGUCAAUUUAAUCGCAGCCAAUUGCCAUCCUCAGGAACAAGUUCGCUUCACCCUAUGUCUCCAAGGCAGAAGGUGCAGAGAUCUCAGCCAGUACGCAUUAUGGCAGUGAGACGUCUACAAGAAGAAGAGCAACAGUUCAGAACGUCAUCCUUGCCUGCCAUACCAAAUCCGUUUCCAGAGCUCUGCAGUCCUACAAGCUCUCCAGUGCUGACCCCUGGGUCUUUACCUCAAAGUCAACCUGCUAUUAAGCAUGAUGUAAAAGUCUUUAGUGAAGAUGGAACAAGCAAAGUGGUCGAGAUUCUAGCAGACAUGACAGCCAGGGACCUCUGCCAGCUUCUCGUUUACAAAAGUCAUUGUGUGGAUGAUAACAGCUGGACCCUAGUGGAGCAUCACCCUCAACUAGGAUUAGAGAGAUGCUUAGAAGACCAUGAAAUCAUAGUCCAAGUCGAGUCCACAAUGGGAAGUGAAAGUAAAUUUUUGUUCAGGAAGAAUUAUGCAAAAUACGAAUUUUUUAAAAAUCCUAUGAAUUUCUUUCCAGAGCAGAUGGUGGCUUGGUGUCAGCAAUCAAACGGCAGUAUCCCACAAUCCCAGCUCCUGCAGAAUUUUUUAAACUCCAGUAGCUGCCCUGAAAUUCAAGGUUUCUUGCACGUCAAAGAGCUAGGUCGGAAAUCAUGGAAGAAAUUAUAUGUGUGUUUGAGGAGGUCGGGACUCUAUUGCUCUACGAAAGGAACUUCAAAGGAGCCAAGACAUUUGCAGUUGUUAGCUGACUUAGAAGACAGCAAUAUUUUCUCGUUGAUAGCAGGCAAGAAAUUGUAUAAUGCUCCAGCAGACUAUGGAUUUUGCAUAAAGCCCAACAGAGUGAGAAGUGAACCUAAGGAGCUGAGAUUGCUGUGUGCAGAAGAUGAGCAGAGCAGGACAUGUUGGAUGACAGCGUUUAGACUCCUCAAGUAUGGAAUGCUGCUGUAUCAGAACUACAGAAUCCCCCAGCAGAGAAAAGCUCUGAUUCCACACUUCUCCACUCCAGUGAGAAGCGUAUCCGAAAACUCGCUAGUAGCAAUGGAUUUUUCGGGACAAAUAGGAAGAGUUAUUGAAAAUCCUGCAGAAGCACAGUGUGCCGCCUUAGAAGAAGGACAUGCUUGGAGGAAACGCAGCACAAGAAUGAACAUCUUAGGUAGCCAAAGUCCACUCCAUCCUUCCACACUGAGCACAGUUAUCCAUAAGACACAGCACUGGUUUCAUGGAAGAAUCUCUCGAGAAGAAUCUCACAGGAUUAUUAAACAACAAGGGCUUGUGGAUGGGCUAUUUCUCCUCCGGGACAGCCAAAGCAACCCAAAGGCAUUUGUACUAACACUGUGUCACCAUCAAAAAAUUAAGCAUUUUCAAAUCUUACCGUGUGAGGACGAUGGACAAAUAUUUUUCAGCCUCGAUGAUGGGAAUACCAAAUUCACUGAUCUAAUUCAGCUUGUCGAGUUCUACCAACUAAACAAAGGAGUCUUGCCCUGCAAACUCAAACACCACUGCAUCCGAGUGGCCUUAUGACGUCAAAUCUGACCCUUACUGAAGACUGGAUUUGCUAGAAGAAGAAUUGUAAGAGAAAGUUGACACUGGGGAAUUGGCAAUUUUGUAGGUUGGUAAAAAUAUUAUGCACCUUGGGACUCUGAAAGGGAUUGGAUUCCGUUGGUGCCAACAGACCAAGAUUACUGGUUUGUCCAACACCUAAAAGUGAUUGCUGCUGAGUGUCCCAGCAUCCCAAAAAUGUGGGGGGAGGGUAUGAAAAAAUCAUUAGCAAAUUUGUAACAAAACUGGAAGCUAUCUUGGCUGGGCCACUUAACAAACAAGUUGUGAAGAGAAAUCUUUGAAAAGAACUCUUGCCCUGGAAUAAUCUUGACAAUUAAGACUAGUGUGUUUACUUUUUGUAUUGAUCACUUUUUUUGCACUCCUACUUUGUUUCGAAUAUUGUAUGCAGCCUAUAUUAGGAGCUGAUGUGGCUUUUAAAUUCAUGCAGGAGUUGGGUAUUAAUCUAAACCCUAACAUGUAUGGAACGCUUCAGCCUAAAAAGGAUCUAGAAGAAAACCCAGAAGUGCGCGUGUGUGUGUGUAUGUGUAUGUGUGUGUGCGCGCGUGUGUGUGUGUCAAAACUUCUCUGGAGAUCUGAGGUUGUCACCUGCAGAUGUCUUUUGAAAAAGGUAUAUGGAUACAGUUCUAAAAGAACAUACCACCAUAUGUACUCUUAGAACUGUUGACUUUUAGCAUAAUGGCUGUAGAAUGUUUAUGGCAUAUUAGUGGUACCCAGUCAUGCAAAGACUGUGUUAGUCAGACUCUAUGCACAAAUGUUGAACCUUUUUAUUAUUGAUGUGGUGGUUUGUUUGUUUUUCAGCCUAUUGACUUUGUUUUCCUAGGGAUAUUUACUGUUAUUAAAUAGAAUUGGGCUGAAUGACCACACUUGUAUUUUGGAACCAGCUGUUUUUGUGUGAACAAUACUUAUGCUGAUAAUCUACUUAGUAUGACAAAAGAUCAGUGUUUUUUAGCUUUAUAUCUCCUUGAAUUUUUGGACUGUUUCAAAGAGCUAUCUUUUCUCAUAGCAAACCUACAGUAACGAUGAUAAAGCUCUUCUGGGGAAUAGAACUUGAAAAGAACUGUACCCCUUUUCCUUUCUGUAGGAUCAUGUGAAAGUUUACAUGGUGAGAAACAAGUACAAACUGGGAUUGGAAACUCAUUUGAUUAUGACUGGUAUUUCUGAUUUUAGUGCUGGCAAUAUCCUCCAUCAAGGUGACAAGUGAUGUUUUUGAAAUGCACACUAAUCCAUACUGAUUUCUAUUGUACACAGGUAUCUACCCUGCUUAAGGCUGGCAUGCCAUCA